CGAGCAAGUUCCACAUGCGGUAGCGAAGCUCCAUUCAAACUGAGACGUUUCCGGAUUUGGAGUUAUUUCUCAUCGAAUAGUAUAGUCGUAUAUACCUUUUGACGAAAGUGUUAGUCACUUUAUUUUUUUAACACAAGGCAGCUUUUUUUUCCUCCAGGGGGAUCGAUUUCAAAAUCAUUUUUGUCAUUAUCCCGCGCGCGCUAUCGUAAGAUACUGUCCGUGCCCGCGCUUAAUUAGCUUACAGGCUAGCAAGCACUAUUCUUAACAGGACUGACAACAACAACGUGUGGAUGUACUCCUGCUCAUCUGCAGUUACAUUUGCACAAUGGCAGUCCGUUCAAUCAGUUUGAUAUCUCAGCUCCAAAGCAACAGCAACAUAUCCAGGAUAAUUACAGGAUAGCAAUAAGCCCAUACUGUACCUCUGUUUACCUUAAUUGUUUUCUGGUCAGUACCAGCUAAACACAUUACAAGUUUGCACUGCUAAAUCUCAAGAAUCCUGUUUAAAACAGGCGGGCCUAAAGAAGUUAUUUAUUUUACCAGUUACCUCUUUAUUUUACUGGCUGCUGUUUAGACGUAGCAUAAUUUAAGUAGCUAUUUUUGACAAGCAUUCAUUCCCUUUAAGAUUGUGAAGUAAUUCCUCUAUAGUCUACAAUCAUGGUUUCUACGACUGCAACUGCAAUAUUACUGGCCAGCACGGCGGGGCUAGCGACCCAGGUUGCCCCAACUGCUCUGACAGAGUACAUGUGGCUGCUGAUUAUUGGCUUCAUCAUCGCCUUCAUCUUAGCCUUUUCUGUGGGUGCCAAUGAUGUUGCCAACUCAUUUGGCACAGCUGUGGGCUCUGGAGUGGUCACCUUGCGACAGGCAUGCAUCCUGGCCACAGUGUUUGAGACGCUAGGCUCUGUGCUCCUGGGAGCUAAUGUGAGCGAAACCAUUCGUAAAGGUAUCAUCGACCCAGGGAUGUACAACGGCUCUGCGCACGUGUUGAUGGCUGGAUCCAUCAGUGCCAUGUUUGGUUCUGCUGUGUGGCAGCUGGCCGCCUCCUUCCUUAAGCUCCCCAUCUCUGGAACACACUGCAUUGUUGGUGCUACUAUCGGCUUCUCGCUGGUUGCCAAAGGCCAGCAGGGAGUCAGGUGGUUUAAACUCGUCAGUAUCGUGGUUUCCUGGUUCCUGAGUCCCCUUUUGUCUGGAAUAAUGUCAGGCAUUGUUUUCUACUUUGUGCGCGUGUUCAUCUUACAAAAGAAAGACCCCGUACCAAACGGACUGAAGGCCCUGCCUGUCUUUUACGCCGUGACUAUGGGGAUCAACCUGUUCUCCAUCAUGUACACUGGAGCUCCAAUGCUGGGAUUUAACAAGAUCCCAUGGUGGGGCAGCCUGCUCAUCUCGUUUGGUUUCUCCAUACUGACCGCCAUCGUGGUUUGGUUUAUCGUCUGUCCUCGUCUCAAGAAGAAGAUUGAACGAGAUAUCAAGUCUUCCAGCCCCUCUGAGAGCCCCCUGAUGGAAAAGAGAGAGCUGAGAGAGGCCACCUGUCCAAUCCUGAAACAGACUGCCAAGGAGACGACUACGCCUACAACCCCAGCUGUCAAUCAGAGCCCCUCUGCUCAGCCCCAGGCUGCUCCUGAGGAGCGCAGGGUGGCGUUUGACAUUGGAGAUUCUGACGAUGUUGACAAUAAUAAAGAACGCAAGGUGGCAUUUGACAUCGGAGACUCUGAUGAGACAGACUACAGCAAUGCAAAUGGUGCCCCCAAACAGGCUCCAACAAACAAUCAGGUCAACAACCAGCAAGUCAGCAAUGGUUCCACAAAUUCAGCCAAUCAGGUCCAGUUUAACAACCAGGUUCAGUUCAACAACAGGCCGGCACAGAUCCCAAGUAAUGGUUACAGCCAGUACCACACAGUCCACAAGGACUCCGGCCUCUACAAGGACCUCCUGCACAAACUCCACCUGGCUAAAGUUGGCGACUGCAUGGGCGAGGGGGGCGACCGGCCUAUCCGGCGCAACAACAGCUACACCUCCUACACCAUGGCUAUCAUCGGCAUGCACGGAGACUUCAAGCAUAGGGAAGGGGAAUACCGCACCAACGAGGAUGGCGACAAGGGCACAGGGCCAGGGAGUCAGGACAGGAAGCGCGUGCGUAUGGACAGUUAUACCAGCUACUGCAAUGCUGUGGCAGAGCACACGACUCCAGAGGCUCUGGGAGAGGGCGACGUGACGCUAGAAAUGGGGAAGGAGGAUGCGGGCAGCAGCCAAAGCUCUCUGGAUGACGACGGGCCCGAGGCAGAUAAGCCAGAAGUGUCAACGCUAUUCCAGUUCCUGCAGAUUCUCACCGCCUGCUUCGGAUCAUUUGCCCAUGGAGGCAACGACGUCAGUAACGCCAUUGGACCGCUGGUCGCUCUGUGGAUGGUGUACACAAGCAGCAGCGUGAUUUCAGAGGAACCGAUACCUAUUUGGCUGCUGCUGUAUGGAGGCGUGGGCAUCUGCGCUGGACUCUGGGUGUGGGGUCGCCGAGUGAUCCAGACUAUGGGCAGGGAUCUUACCCCCAUCACCCCCUCAAGUGGUUUCAGCAUCGAACUGGCCUCAGCUGUGACUGUCGUGGUGGCCUCGAACAUUGGCCUGCCUGUCUCCACCACCCACUGCAAGGUGGGCUCAGUGGUUGCAGUAGGAUGGCUGCGCUCAAGGAAGGCAGUAGACUGGCGUUUGUUCAGAAACAUCUUCAUGGCGUGGUUUGUGACUGUGCCCAUCUCCGGUCUGAUCAGUGCCGCCAUCAUGGCCAUCUUCAUCUACGGCAUCCUUUGAGCGAUUGGCCGUGCCCCAGGCAGGGGGGGGAGGAAGAAACCGCUCCAGUGCGCACCAUGAGAGAAAGGAGCAAAGUUGGAAGGCCAAAAUAUAUCGCUUACCUCAAGCCAACAACUUUGGAAGAAAAAGGAGAAAAAAAACAAAAAAAAAACAAAUGUUUGAAAGGACUUGUGAUAUGGGCCUGUGGUUCUCGGCUGCAUCAUUUUCGACCUAGAAUUUGCUGUUUGUUCCAUUGGGGCCACAUAACUUCCAGCGGGACGCUUGCAUUUCUUUGUUCUGAUUUGCUUUUUCAUAUCAUCAUUCUGUAACGAGUUAAUCAAAAAGCAUCAACAUUUUUUUUCCUAAUACUCAUUCUUCCAUAUUUUUUUUACUUUGCGAUUAUGUAUAUACAACCAUGUUCUGUUUUUAAUUUUGUUUUACACGUUUAGAAAGAAAUGAACAAUUGAAAUGCAGUAUAAGCCUUUUGCAGAUAUAACUCUCCAGUAAUAACACAUGCUGAACGUAGAUGCAAAAGCAGUAUUUUUAGGUGAAAAACAAGUUUAUUUGUGUGUAUGUGCAUAUUUUUCCCCAGGCAAUUGUUAUUAAUGAAUUAAUGUUUUUGCAUCUGGCUUUGUGUCCCCUAAAUUUUGGGACAUUUACUUUCCUCAUCUUGUUAUAGAACAAAAUUCACUACAAAAACUGUUUUCUACCAUACGUAAAAAAUCAUGGGAUCACAUUAAUUGCCGUGGUUGUCUUUAUGACAAACAAUUAUCUUAAUAAUUUACUAUGGUAGAAGCACUAAUUGCACACUGGAUGACCCCCUGCAGAAUGAUAUGUAAAAUGCUGUAUCAAUAGCUAAAAUGUCAGCACACCUCUGGCAGGGAAAUAACAAAAGCCCUCAUCGCUGAAGUCUAUAGACCAUCAGAAUCUCCUGAGGCUCUACAUUCAGCGCAGAAAUCACUGCCUGAAUUUAUUGGUUACUUGAAUUUUAAAAGAAAUGUAACAGCAGAAUGUCAACGAGCAGAAACAUCUGCUCUCAAACAAGACCUUAAGUCUCCUGUCAAAACUUGAUACAUCAUCUGUGAUGGUUAAAUGCUUUAGGCCUCUUUCAGCGUUGUUUUUCCAGGUCACCUUGUAGCGGCUACUUCCCAGUAUGUUUUUAAGUGGAAUUUGCACCUACCUAGACAUUUGGGUUAUUCUAGCUUUCCUCUUUUCUUUCUCUACCUUUGAGGGUUGUAAAAGAGGACAAACAGGAACCCAAAACUGGACCUUAUCUUAACUGGGUGGUUUGGUGUUAAGCUGAUCUGGUCUCUGGUUUUUGGAUGAGGGCGCACAUACGCUGCAUGCCACCAGUGUGUGGUCAUUUGGCUUCAAAUGCAUAUCAGAUCUAUAGACGCUGUAGUUGCCUUAAUUAUUUUGAUUUUUUUCCCUUAGGUACCAAAGAAAAGUUUUGUUUUUGUUAUUUUUUUUAAUGCACAUUAACAUUCUCUAGUCCUCUCGUGGAUGAAAAAAAGAAAUAAAAAAAUGGGAAAACA